GUGUACCAUGCAAAUUGCCUAGCAGCGCUAGUAAUUAAUAAGCAACUAGCAUCACAAUAGGGAAAGGUAAUCAUUAAACGCAGUUUUAUAUCUCUUCAGAAAAAUUGGCGGUCAGGGUUUUUCUGUUGCAAGGCAGGCAAGAACUGCAGCGGCUACCGGCGACUGGAAGCGAUUCAGCCACUUCCUGCGUUGAAUCGUGGCGUCUAGAGCGACCACCGUCUGACCAUCGAAAAAUUCGAGAGUCCCUGUCUGUCGUCAGUUUCGUGAUGGGGGACGUGAGUUGCUUUCGUCAGAUCAAGGACAACAUAGUCCGUACGAGAGUGGUGACUACAGACCUCAGGUCCACCCCAUUGCAAAGAUGUCUAUCUACUGCAGACUUGGCUUUCAUCGGCAUUGGAUGCAUGCUUGGAUCUGGUGUCUACGUCCUGACAGGGGAAGUAGCUGGAGAGAUGGCUGGUCCAGCUGGAUCGAUAUCCUUUCUUUUGUCUGGUUUUGUAGCUUUCCUGUCGGCUAUUUGCUAUUUAGAAUGUGCCACUCAGCUCCCCGAAACGGGUGCAUCGUACCUGUAUACGUAUGUCACUUUGGGGGAGAUGAUGGCGUUCAUGAUCGGCUGGAAUGCCGUGGUCGUCCGUAUCUUUGCCUCCGCUUUAGUAUCGCGGGGAUGGAGCGCGUACUUCGACGAUGUCAUCGGAGAUUACGUCAGAAACAUCACCGUGGAAUUUGUGCUGAACGGUGAGGAAUGGUCCAUCCCUGUGUUUGCUAGUUACCCAGAUAUUGUAGCCGGGCUGGUAGCCUUCUUUGCUUGCGUGCUGGUUGCUGUGGGGACGGAGGUUUCGGCCAAGGCUAACAUGAUUUUUGUCUUCAUCAAUAUCAUGACCAUUGCGCUGGUUUUCAUCUUUGCCAUGAUCCACGCUGAUUUCUCCUUCUUAACCAGGCACGGCUUCUUCCCGACCGGAUUCGGGGGCGUAAUGACAGGCGCUGCGGCCUGCUUCACUGGAUACUGCGGCUUCGAGGCGAUUGCUUUUAGCGCAGAGGAGGCCAAAAAUCCUAGCAGGGGUCUACCUAUCGGAAUUAUCGUGGCCUUUCUGGCAUCAGUCUUGUGUUACGUGGCUGGAACCAUCUCCAUUACCGUCCUCACAGAUUACCGAGAUAUAAACCCUGGAUCUCCGUUUGUAACAGCUUUCGAAGCAAUCGGGCUUGACUGGAUGAAGUAUCUGGUGGCCGUAGGGGCUUUGGGAAGUAUGACCGGAGGGGUUAUCAACUGUGCUUUCUGCCUUGCCAGGAGCAUCUAUGUCAUAGCCAGAGACGGCCUCCUCCCUGCCUUUCUCUCCAAGACCAAUGCCAGGACACAGACUCCCGUGAUAGCUACUCUAGCUGGAGCAAUUCUUUCUGUCGUCGUCAGCGUCUUUAUCGACUUCGUUGUUAUCAUUCAAUUCCUUUCUCUGGUGGCCUUCGUCGAGUUCGUCAUCGUCGGAAUAGCGGCGGUCAUUCUUCGCUACCGUCCCCCAAUGCGGUCAGGCUACUCUGCCAUAGACGGCAGUGACAGCAGUAGCUGCGACAACGAAGAGAACAAUCCCAGCGAAUACCAAGAUGACGGGGAAGCUGACACGGAGCUAUCUGGGGAAUACCCUCGCCGGAUUGUCAAGAAGAAAUCACGUCACCAUAACCCAAACGACUAUAAUAAUGCCGAGCAAGUCGAAAAGUCCACCUUGUUAGGCAACUCUAUAGAACACCGACAACAACGAACGGCGUCGACUGCUAGCUCCAUCUAUUCAUCAGGUUCGACAAACCGUCGAUGGAUCGACAAACACCCCACCACUACUGUCAUCAUCUCGCUGAUCCUCCAUCUGCUGUUCGAGUUUGCUGCAGUGGCUCUCUUAACCUUCAAAAUGACUGAACUAAAAAAUAUGGACGGAGCAGUAGUGUUUGGCGUUGCCGUCACUGGUGGGCUAGCCCUUAUUUGUUGUUGGCCACUGUUUGUCUUACCCCAGUACAAAGAAGGAAUUCCAUUCAAGGUGCCACUUAUGCCGUUUCUACCUCUCUUCAGUCUACUUUGCAACGUCGUUCUCAUGGUGCGCUUUGACGCCCUUGCCUGGCUAGAGUUCCUUAUCUGGACCUUUAUAGGGAUGAUUCUGUACUUCACGUACGGAAUGCACCACAGUGUUGAGGGCAAGAGACGAGAGGAGGCGGCCCUUCGGAGCGCCCUGACUGCGGUGUCACAGCUGGGGCACCCACCACGUGAUGCGGUCAUUACCCAUUUCGAUCCAGAAGCUGAGAGCGGGGAAGGUGUCGAUGAGUCUGCCGAGCGAGAACGCAUAACCAAGGCACGGGCUCAGUCCCUGGCCGUGGUGGUAACGCGAGAUGGUCGGAGCUACUCUGCAACGCCGACUUACGGCAGCACAGACGCUUGUGUCUGAAAGCUAUCGCCUGCCCCUAUUUCCACGUAGCUAAAUAAAGGAAAGCACCAAUUGAAAGUGCAUUAAAGGCAAAACUAUUUUUGACUUGAACAUCCCCGUUAUGUUUAUUGUCAGUUACGUUUCUCUGACCAUGUUAAUGAAACAUUUGACGUGAACCCGUACGGUCUUCAAAUAUUGUGUACACAGAUCCAUAACAAAAAUUUGUUCCGAAUUUAAAUUCUCCCUCCCAGAAAAAAAACAGCGCAGCACUGCCGUAAGCAGUAUACUUGCAUGAUAGUUGAAUUUGAAGUUUAGGUAGAUUUUUUAUGCACGUGAAUGAAAAAUCCCCCGAUCCCGAGUUUGCCUCUCCCCACUUGUGACGUUGCCUGUAAAUUGACUUUUUGUUCCGUGUUGUAGCUUAAAGUGACAGUGCGGCCUAGAUAUUCCAAGUUCUUCGCUGAAUACAUGUUUUGUUUGCUUCAUUUAGCCAAUUUGCUAUCAUAUUACCUAAUUUUGGUUCUUUGUGUUUCAUUGGAUAGGGGUUUAUUAAUGUUUCCUUCGUUUUUCAGUUUUUCCUAUUGUUAUCUCAAUUAUUUUCGUGAUGAAUAGUAGUUGAACACCACUUGAGUCUUCGAUUCAUAAUAACAGCAUCAACAACAAUAAUAAUUAUCAAGAAAAACUUCCCUAGGAUACUUAAUCAAUAUCUGACACUUUUUAAACGAUCUGCUGCAUCGUAAUCUAUUUUGUGCCUUGUAAAUGACAUCUCUCAUAAAUCGUUUUUCUUUUAAAGUCAAAUAUCGUGAACAAUAAUACUGUUAAUUCAAUAUUCUGUUCAUAUCAAAGAAGUCUUUAGCCUGCAAUCCUUUGUUCUUCAUUGUUUCAAUCUGGAUAAUUCAUGUUCAAGGUUCAUGUCGUAGCAAAGUAAUCAGCAAAGUUCGAAGGACCUCUUAUACAUGAGGUUCGACGGUAGAAAAAUUGUAAGUGAAUAUGAGCGAGUGGUUGUCGCACAUUGUUGCUGGUAAUUAAACAUCUAUGGCAAAACUUCCACAAUUUCACAAUUUA